AUGUCUAGAAAAAGACCUGAUAAUUUGAAGCCAGUUGUCCAAUUAGACGUAUCAGAUGAUAAAUCAAUGACAUCCAUUCAAUUGGACGUAUCACAUGAUUUAGAGUCACUCACUCAAUUAGACGUAUCAGUUGAUAGUUUAAAGCCAGUCGCUCUAUUAGACGUAUCAGAUGAUUUAAGGCAGCUCCCCCAAUCAGACCUACCAGUUGACGCUUUGACUCCCACCCAGUUAGACAUAUCAAGUGACUAUUCCGCUGUACUUUAUGAUUCAGGCUACGAUUCAGAUCUCAGUUCCAUAGUGAUGAUUUCAAGCUCAAUAACGGAAAUAAAGCAUAACCCCAGAGCGAGGUCUACUCGUGGCAUGGAAGAGGUAAAUGAAAUGACUUUAGACGACACUCUUUCAUCAAUGUCUUCACCAUUCCAUGAUCCAUAUUAUCCAACUUUAGUCUUCCAAAUCUAUCCUCAGCCCACCCAUGACAUGAACAUGAUUUCCUCCUACCAAUAUCUUCCCAUGUCUCCUCUUCAUCAUCAUGUUCCGUUACAACCAUACUUUGAAGCUGGUAUGAAGCAACAUAACACCGCUGCUCCUACUCGACGUGAGACUAUCAAGAAGCAAUUGAAAUAUUAUUUCUCCAUAGAGAAUUUAUGCAAGGACAUCUACUUAAGGCAACAGUUCAACCACAAGACUGGGGGGAUCAAGAUCGAUACUCUUUUGAAUUUCAACAAGAUCAAAUGCAUUAUUGGGAAUGAUAAGCGACUACUCAUUAGCAUAAUCCGGGAUCAAUGCUCAGAGUUCUUAGAACUCAUUGACGAUGUCGGUGAUCAAGAAGUUAGAAUUUACAAUUGGCAACCAUGGGUGUUACCAAAACGUAAUUGA